AUCGAUGUUAAGUGCAAUUUUACAAUAACAUCGAUAUUUCAAUUAAGCCAGUGUAAACACUAAAAUUCAAUACCUUUGCUUUACCUUCGUAUUGCAUUCUAGAUGUUUUGUAAGAGCAGAGGUGCAAUUUGCAUUUGAAUAGAAAAUUGAUAUGCUCUAAUAAAGAAAAUAAGAAUAAUAUUGUCAAUAUUUUGUUUAUCUAGUGCUUACAGUUGAAAUGAUAUUUUUGUUGUGUAAAUGUUUCUUGUUUGUUCUUAUUACGAGUUUUGCUAACGCUUGGUAUCGAUUCAUUAAUCCGCUCCCUCCCCGCAUCCUGACCGCCCAGGGCGCUUCUAAAAUCCUGCGCAGAGAAGCUUCCGAAAAUAAUUGAUGAUGCAGAACUACGUAGGUGGAGGUGGCGGCAGGUGGCGCAUCGGGCGCCGGGAGAAAAUGGAGAUCGAAGAAGCGCUUGAGGCUGCGCUGCCCGGAUCUUCGCGCUCCAACUCGCGUUCCCGCCCGCGCCCCGGCAUGGCGCUGCAAUCCGUGGCGAAGCGGAUGCGCAUGGCGAAGGGUGGCGUGGCGGAGGAGAGCGACGACAGCCGGUCGGAUGAGGAUGUGGCGGCAUCCAUUCGCUUCGCGGCCCUGCCAUCGCGGGCGGGCGCGAUGCCGCGGUACCCGGGGAGGGCGCGCAGGACCUUGCGGCCCACGAUGCGCGCCCGCGACGUGGCACGCGAGGCGGCGCGAGUUGCAGCGGUGGCUGCGCAUCGCUCCGUGCCCGAGGCGGCCGACUACGAAGACAUCGAUAUUGUGGAGUACGAGUUCUUGUUCGCGGGCGAGGGCGAGCCACCCCGCGACAUGCAGGAGUCCCCGCCGCCCGGCGCGCCCGGUCCGCGCCGCCUGCAGCCCGCACCCGUUAACGCGGUGGUGCGCACGCGCGCGGAGGAGGAGGAGCGGCGGCGGCUGAUCCGCGCGCAGCUGGCGACGCUGCUCCACGCGCACGAGUGCCGCGCCGACGAGACGCGCCUGCGACACGCCAUCUGGUACUGCAACGUGCCCAGCUGCCAAGAGAUCAAGUACAUCCUCAGACAUCUCACGGUCUGCCAGAACCGUACCAGCUGCAAGAAGACGUACUGCGUGUCUUCGCGGCAGAUCAUCGGGCACUGGAAGAACUGCGAGAACCCGCAGUGCCCCAUCUGUCUGCCGCUGCCCACGCCCGGCCUCGUGCGCAAAGUGCGCCGCAACAGGGGGAGUCUGUAAGGAGAUCGAUUUUUUUUCGACGGGGCUGAUUUGCUUUUUCUGCAGUUAACAGUCUGGAUAUGUGGAUGAAUAUGAAUACUUUCUUACAUUUCUAUACGUAUAUGGAUGUUAUUAUAGACGCGUAUCCCACAUAAUCUGUGCGCACUCACUCGAUGUAGCCCUUCAACAGUUAACUAUAAGCUAUAGGGUAACAUGUCCAUUUUUCUCAACGUAUUAUCGGUGUUCACUUCAGUAGGUCAAUACCACUUCAGGGUAAGAGAGGAGAGGAUGUAAAAGAGCUGUUACGAUUUUGUACUGAUGUGACUUGAGUAAACAACAAGCGUCGGCGAAGUGACGAAUUUGGCUUUAAAUUUUUUUCUAUCUGAAUUUAAAUGUAUCUCAUAUCUUUGUAUAAUUUUGUCGACGCGUUCUAAUAGAGUUGAAUGGAUCGUCUUAAAAAUAUACCUAUUUUUCCCAAAUAUUAAUCAACUUUGUAGUAAUUCGAUGUAUUCAUAUACUUACU